UUGCCGGCCGCCUGCAAAGCCAGCAACAAAGAAUGGCCGCCACCGGCGCCGGAGAAGGCAAAAAGGCGGCCGCCGGGAGCAGCCUCCACAGCAAGACCCUCCUCAAAAGCGAGCAGCUCUACCAGUACAUACUCGACUCCACGGUGUUCCCGCGCGAGCCCGACUGCCUCCGCGAGCUGCGCAUCGCCACCACCACCCACCCCAUGGCUGGCAUGGCGGCGUCGCCCGACCAGGUGCAGCUGUUUGGCCUCCUCAUCAACAUGCUCGGCGCCAAAAACGCCAUCGAGGUCGGCGUGUUCACCGGGUACUCGCUGCUUGCCACCGCCCUCGCCCUCCCCGACGACGGCAAGGUUGUGGCCAUCGACGUCAGUCGCGAGAGCUAUGACAAGAUAGGGUCGCCGGUGGUCGAGAAGGCCGGCAUGGCACACAAGAUCGACUUCCGUGUGGGUUUCGCGCUGCCGGUGCUGGAUCAGCUGGUGGCGGAGGAUGGCACCAGUGGCAAGUUCGACUUCGCGUUCGUGGACGCGGACAAGGCUAACUUCCACCACUACCACGAGCGGCUGCUGCGGCUGGUCAGGGUUGGGGGCCUCAUCGCCUACGACAACACGCUGUGGGGCGGCUCCGUGGCCGCGCCCGAUGACGAGACGCUGUCGGAGCGGGACCGUGAGCUGGCGCAGAUCGCCAGGGAGUUCAACGCAGCGCUAUCCGGCGACCGCCGCGUCCAGGUGUGCCAGCUCGCCAUCUCCGACGGGAUCAUGUUGUGCUGCCGCGUCGCCUGAUCGAUCGGCUGACUGGCUGCGUCGGCUUGCGACAAUGCUGGUGCUUGGAGUCUGAAUAAGCACCAUGGGUUGCAAUAAUGUAAAGCAGAACGAUGUAUGAUAGGAUUGCCAAGGUGGUGUGAUGUUGGAACUUGUCGGGCUGUGUGUGUCCUCUGUAGAGAAUGAGUGUAAACUCUUUAGGAUUAUACU